UCCCCGACCAAAAAGUUCCCGAACGGCAACAAGAACGGACGUGGUUGUUGCUCUUCGCUUCGAAGUUUGUAUUCUUCGCUUCAGCAUCGAAAAAAAGUGAAAAAGCGUGCCGCGUGUGGGAGAAAGGUGAUUGAUUCUACCUAAAAAGGAAGUUUUGAAUUCGUAAAAAGUGCUAAGAUUUACCGGAAGUAUAGAAUUAAGUUUUGAACUUGCAUAGUUUUGAGCGGCGAACUAAGUGCUUCCGACAACGCAAUUCGUGAAAAGAUUCCGCCAUCUUUGAAUUGAUUGUUUUGUGUCGGAUCGCAGCAAGCCCGACUUGUUGGACGACGGAAAGCGGAUUUUCCGCAGCUGACAGAUUCGGACCGGAACCAUGAUGAGUGCGAUCAACAAGAUUCACUUCAACGGAUCGACUGGCGUUUCGCUGAACGACCGGUUCACAAUUAUGUCCAAAAUGAGCCCCCUGGACAAGCCGGCCGCUGGUCGCGAACGGAACAACGGUGGUAUUUUGCGGAAACGUUCAAAUUCGGUGGAUUCAUUUGCAUCUCGGAACUCGUACGCCAAUCGGCAGCUUGUCAACCAGCUGGAUCGGCGCCACCUUGGACAGUCACAGGCCGCGGCUCUACGUUUGAGAAACAAAACGAUCCGUUCCGGCCGGCAGAGACUUAAUCGGACCAGUUUGGCAUCGCGUACUCAACUGAGACGAGCGGCGGGCAACACAUUGUCCCUGGCGGGAGGUUCCCGACGGCUGCAGCGAUCGAACAGCUUCUCAGACAUUGCUACAAUGAACGCCGACUUUGUCGAACGUCAAUCGCUGCGUCGGUCUAACUCUCAACUAAGCAUUGCAUCCCGUCUGGGCAACGCCGGACGUUCCCGAGGAGGCCCUCGUCGCCCGUUGCAACGCACCAAUUCAUCCGCCAACCUAUCCGCCCGACAGUCUCCAUAUCGUGGACGAUCUCGUUCCCGUUCCCGAUCGCGUGCCCGUCUGCCUCGCUCCCGAUCCCGGGGAAAUCUCCCCCGGGCCAGAUCUCGCAGUGCCGGUCUCAAUGGUUUUGGCAAUGGCUUUAAUAACAACAACAACAACAACAAUAUCGAAAGCCGCCUAGGCCGAGCAGGAGCCACAGGAGGCCGCAUCCGAGGACGCUCCAAUGUCCGUCGUGGCCGCGGACGGGCACCGGCCGCAUUGUCUCGAUCCGCCUCACGAACGAAUUUGCGCUCCGGAAGCGUCAAUGGCCGCCUCGGUGGAAACCGUACCAAUCGACCGCUGGGCACCCGCGGAGGACGCGGACGUGUUGCCAAGCGUGGCCAACGGCGAGGACCAGCAGGAACCGGCCAGAAUGGUACCGGUGGCGGCGGCGGUAGACCCGGACGUACCCUGCAGAGACGUGGCGGAGCAGCAACACAAGGAGCCGGACCAGGCCGCCGGGGACGUUCGCGUUCCCGAGGCCGUGCGGCCUCGCAGAAUCGUGGCCGAAGUGCCCAACGUGGUCGCAAUGCUUCCAAAGGACGGCGGGCGUCGGCACCGGCCAUGAGCAAGGAACAACUGGACAACGAACUGGAUCAGUACAUGGCCAACACGAAAUCCUCGCUGGACAGGGAAAUGGACGAGUACAUGAAUGGAAUCAACAGCACCGUUUAGGUGAGAGGAUGACUUCCGGGGAGGAUCCCACCAACACGUCGUUGGGUCGAGCCGGCAUGUGGCAGUUUGUGACAAAAGCAACAAGCCUGCUUGGCGCUAACCCACUACAAACAAACUUGUAUAUCGUAAUAAUGAAAAGUAUGUUAAAUCACUAAAAACGAAAAUGAUGAAACUCUCUUAGGCAAUAAGGAAUACUUUUCCCUUUCAUGUGGGAAAAUUAACAAAAAACACAAAUACUUGAAAACAAAGCGUUGAAACUGAAUUUUUAAGAAGUACUUUUAUUAUUUAUCUAUUAUAUAAACUUUCGACUGUACAUAACAUAAAGUAUGCACACCUCAGAGUGGUGUGUUCAUCUGAGAAACAAACAAAAAAACGCAAAUGGAAUAAAACUUGUUUUUUCAUGACUGAA